AUGGACAAUACGCUGCAUGAGACAACUCUAGCGACCAUCUCUCUACUCGAGGAGCGGCUACUGCGAAUCGAGCAUAUCCUCUACGGCCCAUCCACACCUCCCGCUCAACCCCCGCAAGAGCCAGCAACAAGCUCGCUGGCCGAGCUCGAACGGCGUUUUAAUAAACUUGUCCGCCACUUCCGCGUCUACGCCGAGAUUCUCAAGAUCUAUAAAUCCCACCCCUCCCUCUUUCAACCGCCCUCCCCCUCCAGCAUCACUUCUCCUCCCGAACUCCCACCAACCCAGCUCUCCCCAGUGGCCGUGCGCGCGACAGUCCUUGCCUACGCGACGGCCUUCCCGAGCGUGGCAUCCUCCCUCACGGCCGCGACAUCCGACACUCCGAUCCCCGACGCGAAACAGAGCGCCGCGCUGGCGGCGCUGGGCCCGCGCAUGCGCGGCAUUGAGGCGCUGCAGCUGGCCCAGACGGCCGAGAUAUCGGAGCUGAGGGCGCGGAGCGAGAGGGCGGUGCGGGCGUGGUACGAGGGCGGCGUGCUGCGGUACGGGGUCAAGCUCGCGGACGUGGAGGGCCGGCUGGAGAAGGUCGCGCGCGGCGUCAGGAGGGUGGAGAGGGCGCGGGCGGAGGCGGAGAAGGUUUGA